AUGAAGGAGAAUGAAAUGACCGACUCCACUGCGGAAGAGGUAGAGCAUAUAGAGAGCCGGCCUACAUGCGCUCAAAAGGAAGAGAAGGCAGACCUCGAGAGCCGCUCUCCUGGCAAUCUCAAUGCCGUCUUCGAAAACCCCUUUGCUGGAAUUUCCCGCAAACAACUCUUUGCAGAUGUCGUCGAAUUUUGCACCAAAUACGAUUUGUUGGACCAUGUCGAGACUUUCAAGAAGGGUGCUCUCAUUUCGCAAAAUCCUGCAUCGGCAACUAGUCUUCUCGAGUUGUCGGAGGAAGAGAAGGAGGCCCUUGAGCGUGAAUAUACCCACAGAUGGUCACAACCGUGGCAAUUAUACUUUCUAGCAUGUAUGCGUGAGAAUCCAAGCGAUCCAUUCCCCCAGGCUAACUUUUCCCCCUCAGCAAUGUGCUCUCUCGCUGCGGCUGUCCAAGGUAUGGAUGAAACAGUCAAUAACGGUGCCCAGUCUAUUUACUUUGCUAAAGAUCAACUCAACAUCACUUCCAAAAACAUCCAAGGUCUUGUUGUUGGUGCUCCAUACUUGGCUUGCGCGAUCAUCGGUUGCUGGCUUACUGAGCCCCUGAAUCGGCUUUUUGCCCGGCGUGGUACAAUUUUUAUCUCAUGCGUGAUUGCAGCUGUUGCCUCGGUAUGGGAAGGUGUUGCAAAUACCUGGGUCAAUCUUUUCAUUGCCCGCUUUGUCCUUGGUCUGGGAAUCGGGUCGAAAUCAAGUACUGUACCUGUAUAUGCCGCGGAAUGUUCUCCCGCUCCAAUCCGAGGUGCCCUCGUUAUGAUGUGGCAAAUGUGGACGGCCUUCGGUAUCAUGCUUGGCAACAUAAUGGGCGUUGCUUUCAUGAGUCUAGACCGAGGCAUCAGCUGGCGUCUCAUGCUAGGAUCCACUGUCGUACUACCUCUCGUUGUCUGCGCUCAGGUAUACUUCUGCCCGGAGUCUCCAAGAUGGCUGAUCCAGCACGGCAAAAUCCAAAAGGCCUAUACCAAUUUCCGUAUCCUCCGCCCAACAGACGUUCAGGCCGCAAGAGAUCUGUAUUAUGCAUAUGUGGGCGUUGAGCUUGAACGAAAGAUCAACAAGGGCAAAAGUUUCUUCACGAUGUUCAUUGAACUCUUUACCAUCCCGCGCAACCGCCGUGCCACGCUCGCUAGCUGGAUCGUGAUGUUCAUGCAGCAAUUCUGUGGAGUCAACGUCAUUGCAUACUACUCUACCUCUGUCUUCACCGAAGCAAGCUACAGUCUGACUAGCGCGCUACUGGCGUCCAUGGGAACCGGUAUUCUCAACUGGGUCUUUGCCCUACCAGCCUUCUUCACGAUUGACACCUGGGGGCGGCGGAAUUUGCUCCUAUUUACCUUCCCUUUCCUUGCUAUCACCCUUCUGUGGACUGGCUUUUCCUUCUGGAUUGAAGAGGGGAACGAAACAAGCAAAAAAAGGGUUGCAAUGGUCACCACGGGCAUGUACCUUUUUGAAGUGUUCUACUCUCCUGGAGAAGGGCCCGUCCCAUUCGCGUAUUCGGCCGAAUGUUUCCCGCUGCAAGUCCGCGACGUCGGUAUGUCGUGGGCGACAGCCACUACUUGGUGCUUUAAUUUCAUUUUGUCUUUCACUUGGCCGCAUCUGGUCGGUUCUUUCAGACCACAGGGGGCCUUUGGUUGGUACGCUGCUUGGUGUAUAAUCGGCUGGUUUUUGGUUCUGUUGUUUGUCCCCGAAACAAAGUCCCUUACUCUGGAAGAACUGGACCAGGUCUUCUCCGUCUCGACUCGCAAACAUGCAUCACACCAGAUCAAGAAUGCUUGGUGGCAUUUCUGUGUCUGGAUCCUUCGUCAGAAACUGGAGCCUCUGCCAGAAUUCUAUCAAGGUGUCGAGCGGCUUGCGGAAGUAGGUGACGUAGCGUCCAAGGCAGGAAAAAAAGAAAAAAGAGUGCAUAAUGACUAG